AUGUCAAAAAUAGAAUUUGUACAAUCAACUCACGGCAAAACUCAUUUAUGUUAUGAAGGCUACCGUUAUUAUUGUCAUCAUACAAAUGCAGAUGAUUCAAAAUAUUGGAAAUGUUUUAAGAAACAUUGUCGUGUUGGCAUAACCACAUAUGCAAAUGGUACAAUUAGAAGAAGUGCUGAUCAUGAUCAUACACCAAAUGAAACUGAAAAAGAAGUACUGAAUGUACGUCAAAAUUUAAAACGUAAAGUUGUUGAAUCAUCCUCACCAAUUGAUAGUAUCGUCGAUGAAGCAUAUGCCAAUCUUCAAAGUCCAACCGUGAGUCAAGAUCUUUUAAUUCAAUUACCAUCAAUUGCAACAAUGAAGAACAAUCUUCAGAAAGAACGUCGUAAAACGAGAGAACCACUUCCGAAGAAUAUUAAUGACUUACCAUAUCCAAUUCCACUCAACUAUCAAAAGAGUCAAAGUGGUGAACAAUUUAUAUUGUAUGAUGGUCCAAUAGCUGGUUCGCGAUGUAUUAUAUUUUCAACACCAAGCUUACAGUCAGCAUACAAAGAUGAUGAUAGUUUUCCACCACCAACCUACAAUCAUUUCAUGAAGUUUUCACCACGUACCACCAAUCAUGUUGAAGGUCGCCAUUUAAAAUGGAAAAAACGUUCUACAUCAGCUCAUCCAAAUAUUUAUUGUACAAUUGAUUUACUGCGUCAAGAACAAUCACUUGGUACAUUCAGUAGUAUCUGA